AUGUCUGUCUCCACAGCCAACGCCGGCCCCAAUUGGCGACCUAAAGCCAUCGUAUUCGACCUUCUCACGGGACUUCUUGACUCAUGGACCGUCUGGGAUGCGUCAACGCCAUCGGGCACCUCAUCCGAAGGGCGGCCCUGGCGACAUCGCUACCUUGAACUCACCUUCAGCUUACCAGGCGGGGCAUACACGCCAUAUGAGGAUUGCGUCAGACAAGCUGCACGCGACGUAGGCUUGCCGGAAUCCGCCCCAGAAGCUCUGCUUCGCAACUGGGGAAACUUGCAGGCGUGGCCCGAGGUCGCAACGGUAUUGCCGGCGUUGAGGGAGCGAGGCUAUAAGCUCGGCGUCGUGACGAAUUGCUCAAAACACCACGGACACAUUGCGGUUCGCAGAGCGGAGGAGUGCACGAGUGCAGGGAGCGGGCACGACUUUACCUUCGAUGCCGUUAUCACGGCUGAGGAGAGCGGGUUUUACAAGCCGACCAGGCAGGCGUAUGAGGCUCUCUUGACGAAAAUGGGGCUCGACGCGAGUGAUGUAUUGUUCGUUGCAGGCAGUUCGGGAGAUGUGCAGGGGGCGACGGAUGUCGGUAUGAAGGUUGUCUGGCACAAUAAGGUCGGCUUGCCUAAGAAGGGCGAAGCGGUUCCCAUGAAGGAGGCUAGCACGCUGAAUGCCGCGUUGGGGGACUUCCUAUGA